GCGAAUAAUACAGAAUUGUUCGAUGGCAGUAAACAAGGAAAGAAGAGGCAGUCUCGUACGAUGCGUGUUAGUCUGCCAACCGAUGAGGUGUGCAUGCGGCAACCCUCGCGUGUCUUGUCUUCCAGGAUACCGCUGCUUUCCUCUCGUUUUUGAGUCCGCCGUCUUGAACGUUUGCCUUCUGUGGCAUUUUCCUGUAGCGCUGUUUUCUCAUGUUUCUUCCCCUGUGGACUGAAGUGGGCAAUUGUAGUAGAAUGACGGCAGUAUCACAGGGAACCCCGAACAGGGGGGCAGCGUGUGUGUACAGACCCGCCUGUUCUCACACAACGCCGUCUUAACUGGGUCUUCGUCUCCACCGUUAUUUUGCCUUCAACGAUCUUCUGUUUUUUCCCUUCUCUUACACACUUGCUGGACUUUUUUCCCUUCACCGCGUUGUCUCAUAUUAAUCAGCUCCUGUGAUCUUCUUUUCGACUCGACUCUCACGUCUGUCCAUGAUAACAAGCCACGUGAGUGUACAGCCGACACUGUUCAGUGUGUAAAAUCUACCGGAAUUUUCGCUCAUUCCCAACAUAUCCGUGUUCUGGCUUUUUUGUUUUCUUUCGUCUUCUUCCUUUCCUCCUCCCUGAUCGUAAGGAGUUGGACAGCCCCCCGACUCUUUCUCAGUUCCGGAAGCGGAUGAACCCUGUAGCUAGACAAGCGACUUGAGACGAGGGUCUGUCUGUGGAAGCCCGUUCCUUCUCUGCCUGUUCUUCCCUCGAUUGAGUCUUCGUCGUUUUGCUCAGUGCACAUGGUCCCAUUUACUUACUCUGUCUUGCACCUUUUGACAAGUUUACCGCUCGGCGAAACGCCACUCUUCCCCGUGCAGGAUGGAUGUAGCGCUUGGACGCGUGGAUCGUGUUUAUCUCUCUCCUGCGCCAGUUCAUUUGCUUGCCUGUCUUUCCGCCAUCCGCCAGGACAUUUGCUUUCGUUUUUCUUCUUCCUGCUUUUCUUGCUCAUGGCGUCCACGGUGUCUCGACCACAAGGCUGACCCCACUUGUGGCCCAGUGGUGUCUCUCCGAGAGCGGUUUUCCCCCCUCUCACUUCUAGUGUUUCCUUUCUCCAGGGCCUCAAACCACAACAGAUUGGCCCCGGCGUGGAAGGAUCCUUUGAGUUCUUCUGGCGCUCCCAGCGUCUCGGUGUGUCGAUACAUGCAUCUCUUUCUGUGUCGUGUCUUCUGCUCUUCACCGCUCUUGUUCCUUCUUGCCCUUCUCGGCACUUCUCAUGGCGACUGCCCCGCCGACGGUGGCUCCUCCCAGGGGCUGGACUGCAGGAGCUGUUUCGUCUUUCAGUGAGGCCGCGCAUCCCACUGAAGAUCGACCGAGUCUGGUGAACGUUUCUGUCAUCGAGGACCUGCAAAUUCUGGCGCAAUGGGAGUACUGGAUUCAGCUCUCUCUCUUCACCGCGGAUCUCCACAUUGUCGGCGGGUGGAACUUAGCCACUCCGGCGCAGCAGCAGCUGUUUGACGCCAAAGCGAGUGCAUUGAAGGGCCCGAUCGUCUACUCGUUUUUGGACCUGAAUGAACUGGAGACGCCGCAGUCUCUCGAAAAUAUUAUCGCAGAGAAGCGCGUGAAGUCCGAUUGGAGGAAACAGAUCUUUCCGAGUGCAGAGUGCCGGCCGCCUUUUGGAUUCGAAGGAAAUCCUUCAGGGACUUUUCACGUCAUGGUGUGCAAACUGGCGCUUGGAUCUGUGCUCGCGAAAGACUCCGAACCUGGCGAAACAGGUGAUGAAGAUUUCAAGUCCUGCGACAUUCCUGGGAACUUCACGGCUCUCUCGCGCAGAGAUGAAUGCGGCGGCAACCGCGGAGGAACGAACAAUGAAUCAAACGGGGCGUACCGGGUCUUGUACCGACUGAAGCGAGCAGAUCAAGUGCUUCCGACGGCGGUGCUGGAGUUCGAAAUGAAGCCGCUGAGAAUUCAAGUUCGCCAACCCGUCUGCGAAAUGUGCGAAGUGCUUCCAGCUACCCUUUACUGCCCCGCAGACCGAGCCCAGCUCUGUGACACAUGCGACGAACGCGUUCACUCGGCCACGCGCAUGCUCGCUCGACACGUCCGAGUUCCCGCCAACCACUCCCCCCUACAGUUCGGCUCUUGUCCCUACCACCCUUCGGAGAUGAUCGAUUCUGUCUGCAUGACGUGCUUUGUCGCUCUCUGUCCCCACUGUAUCCUGAUCGGAAGUCACUCUGCUGCAGACUUUUCUGAGCAUCCGCUGAUCUCCACUCUGGACGCCUACAAGAUGGUCAUGCAGGAUUCCUCUCCAAGCGAAGAGGCGUUGCUGGAGAGGCGACGCCGCAUCGAUCGCGAGCUGGUGGAGAAGCAUCGCCAGCUGGGUCAGCUUCACUCGAAUUUCUUGUCUGUCCAGAAGCGGAUCGACGAAGCGUCCAAGAACUUGGUUGGCCAGCUGUCUGCAAUGAAGGAGAGGAAAACGAACUACCUUCUCGCCGUCAAGCGUGAGCUUCUCAGCGAAAUGCUUGUCAUCGAAUGGAUGGAGACCUUCUUUGCACAUUUGCGACUCUCCCUGAGCCCUGCGGAGUUCCUCAGCUACAAGCACAAAUUCGAUCUGGCUGCGGCCAAUAUAUUCGGCGGUGCGGUCAGGGUAGACGUCGACUUGGACUCGAUGCCUGCAUGGAUGUCAGAGAAAUUCAUCCUCCAAGGCUCCUUCUCAGUCACCACUGCUCCCUACGCUGUCCCCUCUCUGAAAACUCUAGACGUCCCCGCAGAUCAACAGUCUAUGAACGUUUUCCUGACUCGUCUCGGGUCUCGAACGAGGACGGACAAGAUGAAACGAAGCGAUGGAAAGGACGAAGAUGCAACCGGACCGCUUGCUCUCCUUGACAAGGAAGGCGAGAGUGUUCCAGAAGCGAAGUGGGUCGGUCUCCCCUCCGAGGUCGAGGGACUCGACGAAGGCCGCGUAUGUGGCCACACGAAAAUGCCUUGCUUCCCGGAGUAUGCACGAGACCAAGUUUCCAUUGCAGAAGAAGGACCCAUCGCUAGCGCCGUCGAAUACAUCCCUACCUCGGCGGAAGCUGCAACGGAUCCCAAUGCUCUUCCACCGCAAACGCGGGAGAUCGUUGCACGGGCUCGCGAGGCGGAGGAGCGAGGCGAGAAUCUUCCCACCCUCAUGUCGAUUCUCAGUCCUCUCCAGAAGGUCCCUAAGGCCGUGUGUCGCCGCCUCUGGAAUCUCUUGUCGGACAACAACUUUAUCCCGCUUCUAACGCUGCUCAAGGCGUCCGACGGCGAUCAGCGCCGGCGACUCGUGGCCGCUGCAUGCAAUCUGGCGAAUUCGUUUUCUGCAGUGCCGGACCUCGCGUAUCACCUGUUCCGGUACGAGUUGAAGUGGGUAGGCCACCUUCCAGCGUCGCUGUUUCUGCACUCUUCAUCGCUGCUCUUCCCCUUUCUGUCGUUCGUGACGUCUUCGAAAGAGAUGCUUUUGCCGGGCGAUCUGUCCUGGCUGCACCAGGUGAUGGACCCGGUGUUGGCGGCGGCAGACAGCAUCGUGGCGUCGGAGCAUUUGAGUGCGGAUCAGAUUCUCAGAGAGACACCUGCGAAGCUGUUUCGACCCGCAGGCAGCCUGUUUCUGGAGCGGCUGAAGCGACUCUCUCUGGCGGACUUCCCGUGCACGUUUCGCGGGCUGCUUUACCUCCUCGCGGAUGCCGUAGACGCGCAACUUCGCGAGUCCCCGGUGACCUCUUUUGCGUCUGCUCAUCACGUGACCUCGUCUGCGAUCGCGACGUGUGCAGAGACGCUGAUUUGUUGCUUUUUCGGGAAUUUCAUCCUGAGAUAUGCGCCGAAACACGUCGUCCAGGACGCCAGAGACGGUCUGGGUCGGGCCACCUCCGACUUCUCAGCGGACGAACGAACAGACCUCGUAGGUCUGCGCCGCAUGCGCGAGAUCGCGGAGCGGUCGCGCGUGCCUCCAACGUACGGCGCCAUGGACAAACUCCUUCGGCAAAUGGCAAGUUUUUGUUGGGAGGCAGUCAGCUCGCUGCCACGACGAGUUCUGCGCCCAGGCAGCGAAAGAGUGGCCGGCUCAGAGACCCGAGAAGAGCGCGAGAACGGCGACCGAGAAGACGGCAGGCGCAGCAGACCAGACAGCGACGCUCUUGCCACUGAGGCUGCGCUUCGAAAUGUCGAGGAACAGUUCCUCGCGCAAGCGGGAAAAGAAAUUGUUGACUGGUGCGCUCUCCAACUGAAGCUGCCGCGGCUCGAAUCCCCGCUAAAGUUCAGCUCCGCGGUUCUCCGGAAGGCAGCAGACGAAGCCACGGGAGAAUUCCUGCAGUACAUCUUGCGCCUCGACCGGGAUAUGCGAGAAGGAACCUUCCAAUCUGGCACCCCGGGACUCACCGAAAGGGACGUUGCCACCCCGGCCUACGAAGAACUUCUCGAAUUCGCCAUACGAGCCAGCACGUAUGAAGACCCCGCCUCUGAGGCGCUGGGCUGGCGUUAAAACGCAGCGAAUUUUAUGAUGUGUGUGUAACUUCUCGUCGUACACACACGAUUUCUCUGCAUGCACACGGGCGUAUCCGUCUGCUGAAAGUGCAUAUAUAUAUAUAUAUAUAUAUAUAUGGAUAUCUGUAUAUAUGGACAAGGGAGCACGUGUGGAGAGGAUUGGCAAAAGUGACGCGAGAGAGAGACAUGUCAAGAUGAUUUCCAGUUCUGAAAGUGAUGUCCAAUUGAUUUUUUGGUGAAUUGUGGCACGAGCACUUGCCGGAUAGAGGAGACGUACUGAGUUUUGUGUGCCUCAGCUCGUGAGAGGCGUUUACACAACAGUGGCAUAAAUGAGACAACAGCAGUUACGUUUCCACCAGUAUUGACGUAGAAUGAUAGUUGAGAGGUCCUGCCUUAUUUUGAGCGUGUUUAAGUGUGGCGAUGCACCACAAAAGGGGCGUCACUGUAAUGCGAAUUGCCCUCGACUGCACGAGCGAUGGAACACAGCAAAAAAGGAACUUGGGCAUGACCGGGGACGCCAAUUGGGUUGCAUCUUGUGUGUUCAUUCAUUCCGGAAGUGCACACGAUGACUGUCAAUUUACACAAAAACACAUUCAUACGGUUCCCAUUAGUGCCAACACAGGUCUUCGGUAAGGAUUCGCAUGAGUCUCGUAAACCAUCGGCGCUAAGCGUAACGCCGACGCUCGGGAGUGUUAUUGCUUCUAUGGUCAUCAUAAUUGAAGUCCUAUUCCCA